AGAAAUGUUGGUUGUAUGAGGUCCAGUUUAGCUUAUGUCUCACUUUCAGUUCCCAUUUGUCUGUUGAAGUCGACGUUGCGCUGUUCUCAGUGAAGCAACAGGGAAAAGUUAACUUUCAUCACAAGCUUCAGAAGCGGAGAGUCUGAUGCUAGCUUGUUUACAUGAUGGAAAGCUUUAUCAUAACAUCUGCAUCAGAGGAAAUCAUUUCAAAUGACUCUGAGAAUUACCGGCCCCCUGUGGACCUGUACCCCUAUCUUGGUGGAGUUGGUGAGAUAUAUGAAGAUCACAGAUGGAGCUUUUCCUCUGAACGGAUUCCGCCGUCAGACUUUGAAAAUUCCCCCGUGAAUCACCUGACAGAGCUGCAGGCCGUGCCUCCCCAACAACUGAUACAACCCUUCCGCUACGGCAGUGAGCCUCUGCACCUUCACCUGGACCCUCCAAUCGCUCCUCUUUCUCUGUCAACGCAAAUUCCGUAUUACACCCCGUCCCUGUCCUACCAGUACCUACCCGCAGCAUCACCUGGGCAUUACUACUCAGAGGAGCAUCAGAGAGCAAUCAGCCCCCCACUGGAGGUUUCAGAGGGGGAGGAUGAAUAUGACGACCACCACCAAACUUCUUUCAGGAAAGAUACAAAUAAAAGAAAGAUCCGCCUGUAUCAGUUCCUCCUGGACCUGCUUAAAAACGGACUCAUGAGUGACAGUAUCUGGUGGGUGGACCAGGACAAGGGGAUUUUUCAGUUUUCCACAAAGCAUAAAGAAGCUCUGGCAACGCAUUGGGGUUUGCAGAAAGGUAAUCGCAAGAAGAUGACCUACCAAAAAAUGGCUCGAGCUCUUAGGAAUUAUGGUAAAACCGGCGAGAUUAAAAAAGUGAAAAAGAAACUCACAUACCAGUUCAGUGAGGACGUGCUCAGGAAUUUCUAUCUCCAUCAGUUUCAUCACUGAAACCAAAUGAUGUCUUUGGUCCCACUGAAAUCACUAAGCCCCAUCAAAUCUGUUUUUAUAUUUUCAAAUUAUCUCAGUCUUCUCUUCUGGGUUUAUUUAUUGUAGGUGCAUUUUUACUUGCUUUUUUUAUGUAAAUUGCUUAAAUUUUACUCAAAUUGUUUGGGUAAAUUUGGAUAUAACAAUUUUUCAGACAUUUUUGGAUCUCUGUGUGUACAAUGUAAAUAAAAAGGACUUUGUGUUCUUUUUCACAAUAUCCUAAAUGAGUAAAAUCUUCUUAUUAAAAAAAACAUUAGUGUGCUCUAAUGUGUUUGUCUAAAUAUUUUUUGGGCAGUAAAAAUCGGCAGCAUGACUGCAAAUUGUAGUCUUAAAAUUAUGAAAAUUAAAAAUUUGCAAUGUCCCUAACUAUUUCUCUCUAUGCACAACUUUCCUUUAUAAACUUUUCAAUAAAGCAACAGGGACAUAACAUUUAAAUAAGGUGCAUACCAACAACCAUAUUGUAUUACAGCAUAUUUAACUUAAAUCGGGUGCCUACAUUCAGGAAACAAAAUUAUAGUAUUAAACUGACAACUUUCAUCAUUUCUGUUAACCCAAAUAAGUUUGACUUUAAUAACUAAAAACGUUGUUUUUAUAUGUUCAACUCAACAUUAAUAGUCGCAAACAUUGCUAUUGUAAGUCAUUACAAAAAGUAAAUUUGUUCAAUAACAAAACUUAUUGGCAGUAUGUGUCAGAAAAAAGUCAGAUGGAGAAAUUACAAGAGGACCUGGCUGCAGACAUCAACGUCUACCGAUGGACUAAUCAGAGAUAUCCCAUAGUACCUACCUCUUCCAGUUUCCAAAAAAAAAAAGAAGAAAAAAAUUUUCAGAAGGCAAAAGUAAGUAACAAAAAUGAAAAUGAAAUGUUGAAAAACAAAACUCAAAAAGAAACCGUAAAAGGUAGAUACUAUGGGACAUGACUGAUUGGAUGACAACGUUUGUCUAUCAUUUCAACUGAAAACUUUUGUUUUGUUUUUUACAGUUUGAUUACUGGAAUUUUGUUUUGUUUUCUCAAAUGUAAUGUUGGUUUUUAUUUAUUCAUUUUGGUUUUUCAAUUGUCGUUACAGUCUUUAAAAAGUUUUUUGGGUCGGGUGAUUUGUUAAUGUGAUUUCCACUUCAGGGCAACCGUAGUUAUGGUAUAACUGAUCAACAAAAGUGGAAAGUGGUAUUCCAUUUUUACUUUUCAUGAAUUUAAAUUGUUGCGCACCUUUCAGCACAUCCCUUCAGGGGUCGCCACAUUGAAUCAACUUCUCACACAGGUAGUUUGGCAGAUUUACGCUGGAUGCCCUUCCUGAUACAAAUACAACACUGUCAUUUAUCCGACUGGGAUCUGCACAGGGAGACCCAGACUUGGGCCCCCUUGUGGCUACACAGUUAGACAGCAGCGUGAAGGAUCUUCCCCAAGGACCAACACUGUUUAAAUUCAUUGAGCCCCUAGGAAACUUACCCUGAUUUCCCAUGUGCCAGUACUGUGCUUAACCAACAGGGCUGUCCAGCCACCUUUUUUAAUUAAUUUAAGUAAGAUAAAAUAAAAGCAAAUUUCCUCAUGAGACAUAUUACAUGGUGGUUUGAUUUUGAAAAACAUGUUCUUGUGAAUAUUAAAUUUUCCAAGUAUUAAUAAAACAUUAAGAACUGAAUUAAA